AUGGUAUUUCCAUUAAAUGGUGCAGUCCAUUUAAGAGAUAACAGUUACAGAGGGAAGCCAGACACCACACCCUGGUAUCUUUCAGUCACGACACAGUCACCCCAGCAGGCAACAGCCAUGCAUUUUCACAUAAUUUUCGCUCUUGUCUUAUUUUCACGUAGCUAUGAAAUCGUGGACGGGCAAGAAGUGUGUCAAGAAUUCUACGACAUGUGCAUCGACGGCAACUAUUGCACAUACAUGUUCGUUACUCCGAAUGCAGACUACUUGGACGAUUGUCCCGAAUUCAGCGUGGUUAAAUCCGACUUGGACGACAUGACAAAGUACAUGCAGAAACAAGAAAAGAUGAUACAAGAAAUGUCGAUUGAACUUGAAGAGUUGAAACUCUCGAAAACUGAUCAAUAUGAAGAACGGCGAGAUAUGAAACAACAGAUGUGGGAUCAGGUGGAUGACUUGGAUCGACAUUGGCAGUGGAUACAGAGACAGCAAAAACAAAUCGACAAUCAGAAUGAGCUGAUCAACGAGUGGCAGUCACAAAUUGAAGAUAUGUGGAUCCAAGUCGAGGAGCAAAACUGGGUACAACGACUGCAAUACGAAUUGCAGCAGCAGCAGUACCAGAUAGAACUACACCAGGAGCUCAUCGAGGCACAGCAGGACAGUAUGGAGAGACAGCAGCGUGACUGGGAAGACAGCCACGGAGUAAUCUGGGAACAAAUGCAGGACUGGAUACUGGAUCAUCAGAAUAGUCUGAUAGAGUCGCUGAAAUUAGCGCAAUCACAAGACUCCAGCAGUGAGCUCGUACAUCAGCAAUGGGAAUCAAUUGGGCAGCUAGAGGACGAUAACUAUCAACAACAAAUCCUACUGGAGGAUUACCAACAUCAACUGACGUGUCUUGAAGAUAUGACAAGACAGAUAGCACGAGAGAUAGAAACAGACCAAGAACAAAACUCUGAUGAACCAGUUAGCAGAGUAACAGCGCAUUGUACGAGCCGGAGGUUCUCCGGAUAUUUCCACAAUAUCCAGAAGAUAACAACAUUAAAUGAGACUGUCAACUCACCACCACGUGAUGUCGCUGCAUUCAACAUUUAUCAGAAGCUAUACGUAGCAUAUACGUACGGAAAACGUUGUGAAAUUUACAUCUACAAUGACAACGGGACGUUCUCACUGCAUCAGCAAAUCGAGUUUGAUUAUCAGGAUCAAUACGAAUAUUUAAACCACUUCAUGGAGCAAUUUCAAAUACAGGGCACUCAAUACAUGAUUAUCGGACACGCUUCGAAAUUUGGACAUGUUGUAUAUCAAUUUGUGAACCGCAAGUUUGUGGAAAUUCAAAUUAUUGAGACCCCUCAGCAGCAGUUGAAGGACUGGGAGUUCUUUGCCAUCAGCAACGACGAAAUGGAGUACUAUUUAGCUGCAGCAAUCAACCGAGAAAUGUUGAACGUGGAAAAAGUUUUUAGUUCCGUGACUAACAGUACGAUCUACAAAUGGGAUCAUUAUGGGAAACGAUUUCAGCAUUUUCAAAAUAUCAAAACGACCGGUGCUCGGACUGUCCUGGCAUAUAAUCUGGCUGAUCAGAAUUAUCUGGCUUAUGGAUCAAGUUAUUUACUCGAAUCAUCUAAUCCGUAUAAUCUUCACGUACAGAUUUUCCGAUUUGAGGAAUCCAACAAAUUUGAAUUUUCUCAAACUUUGCCGAUUCCAGGCUGGACUACUGAUAUCGUUAGUUUCCGUGACGAUGGUGAUUUCUACUUACUUGAUGUUAAGUUUAUGAGCGUUAACGGCACGUAUAAUACAGCAUCCCCCAUAUACAAAUGGGACGAAAGAAUGAAAAAGUUUAUUAUCCACCAGAAAAUCAAAACGCAAGGUGCUACCAUGGCAUGUCCGUUUAUACUUAAUGACAACCGUUACAUAGCGAUCGUUAAUGCCUGGGAGGACGAGAACCACGAAAGUUAUACACCAAUCGAAGGCAGAAACACUAUGAUUCAUAAGAGAAAUGAACAGGGUCUUUUCGUUCCUUGGCAGGUCUUGGACGUCAAUUACGCAACUACAUGCGAAGCAUUUAAAGCAAAGGGAAAAGCAAGUUUGAUGAUCAGGAAAAAUUUAUUCCAGUAUCUUCCUUGA